GACUGUAUUGUGAGUCUCACACACUCUGACACACAGUUGUGUUGAUUGAGUUAAUGUCGUAUUCAUAUCAAUAUUACUCAACACUUAGACAGUUAUACACUCUUUGAUCCACAACUACGACAACUACAACAACUGCUAUCAAUUGAUCCACAGCUCAUCCAUUAGAUGAACAACUCGUUUGAAUCACACGUGAAAGUCAAGUGAAAGAAUGACAAUAUUACCGAAGAAGAAGCAAAACAACAAGACGUCCAGUGAGGACACAGUGGACACGGAAAGUCUGAAUUACGCGAAUCCAUUGAAUCCAUUCGGUCACAACUCAAGAGGACAUUCACCCCAAACCACCUCUCGAUGGACUCCAAUCAAUGGCUUGAAUCAGAGGAAUGAAGACAAGAGGAGUGCCAACGACUCGGACGGCACGUCAUUAGACUCGGGACCAACUCAUUCAAAGAGACGCCUUCGCAGAGACGAUAACAUACGCCACCACUUGAGGAAAGGCAAGGCUUUGGCCAACUCUGUGGCCGCCGUCGACGGUGUGGUGGAUGGAGACGUGCAGACGGAUGGCAAAGACAGAUGCGGUGACAAUAGCGCUAUGAAUGCCGUCACCAAUGAGUCGGCAAUGAGUGGCGAAACCGCUUCCGGUUAUAAUAGUGGAGACGAAUACGAGAAGCCGUCGCAGAUGUGGUCCAAAGAGGAAUGGGAUGAGAAGGAAAGGGUAUUUGCGAAACGGCUUAAGAAGAAGGCGUUUGUCAUCAAACAGAUGGGCGAAGACGGCGCCUGUCUUUUUAGAGCUGUCGCGGAUCAAAUAUAUGGUGACCAAGAAAUGCACGAAUCGGUUAGAAAGCUAUGUAUGGAUUAUAUGGUGAGAAUCACUAUUACAUUGUAUUCACUAUAUAUGGCUGUAUUGAAUGACUAUUAUGCCAAAAAUGGCGAUUACUUUUCGCAAUACGUGACGGAAGACUUCACCGCAUACAUCGAGAGGAAGCGCUUGAACCACAUUCACGGCAAUCACAUUGAAAUGCAAGCCAUGAGUGAAAUAUUCAAUCGUCCGAUAGAAGUGUAUCACUACUCGUGUGAACCGAUAAACAUAUUUCAGGGCAACGAAUCGGCCACUGAUAACGAACCGAUUCGCUUGAGUUAUCACAAGAAUAUUCACUACAACUCAAUAGUCAACCCUCAAAAGGCAACCAUUGGUCUGGGCUUAGGUUUGCCCGCAUUUAAGCCGGGAUUCGCUGAGAAGAGUUUGAUGGAGAAAGCGCUGCAUAUAUCAGAGCAGCAACAACUGGAACAGGCGAUGCUCGAAGACAAGAUCCGCGCCACCGAUUGGGAGGCAACUAAUGAAGCCAUUGAGGAACAGAUUGCCCGCGAGUCGUACGUCGAAUGGCUGAAGGAGAAUGAAAUGCGCUCUCACAAGAUGAAGAAGUCAGCCUCUGCCACAUCCACCGCCACUGGAACCACCGGAACCACUGUAUCCACUGGUGGUACCACUGGUGGUGUUGAGGGCUCCAAGAGUCCCAAUUGUCAGUCGAGCCCUCGUUCCAGUCCUAAGGCGUCUGGCAGUGGAACCAAUGAAAGGGAUGUCCACCACAUUCCUAACCGGGAGUUUGGUCUGAAGGAAACGGCAUCUUUCAUGCAUGAGUUGCCGCCACAAGUGUUUGGACUCAAAGACUGGACAGAGGAUGACAUCAUAGCCAAAGUGUUGGCUCAAUCGCAGGAGGAGUACAUCGAGUCUUUGAAACGAGACUCAAAAGCUGCCCAAACAAACACCGGAUGCAAAACACCCCCUCCUUCCUCAUCCACUUCAUCCAACUCUUAGAAAUGAAUUUAGAUGUCAAACAUGGAUAUAAUUGUUAUAAUAUUAAUAUUAUUAUUCAUUUAUCGAUUAUUCAAUUGCUGUAAAUUUGUUGCAAAUAUAAUAAUAAUUAUCAUUAAAUUCCACAAAAUAUCAUUUUAAAUAAU